AACAAUAUCCCCUUUGUCCCGACAACACCCCCAAAAAUCCACACAUCCAAACCCUAACCCAUACCCAUAAUCUAACUCUCACUCUCUCCCUCCACUUUCCCAAUCUAGUAUUAUUAUUUUCACUUCUUUUUUUCCAUUUGUUUCUCUUUCUAACCCCAAUUUCACUAAUUUCCCCAAAAUUCUUGAUCUUUAGUGGGUUUUACAAGAUACUUUUUCUGGGUUUUCACAAUGGAAGCUGUAGCCAAAUCUUUCACCUCUGAUUUCACUUUCUUGCAGAGAAAAAUGGCGUCUUUUGUUACUCAGGCUGUGGUUUCUGAAACCAUAACGUUUCUGCUCAUGAUGACUGGAACAUUGGUCGAAACUGAUCAGAGAUGCAGGUUUCUUUUAUCUGAGCUUCACAAAAAGAACAAAACCGAACCCGAAGCGAAAGACGGAAGUGACACAGAGGACGAUAACGAUGAUGAAAAUGAAGAUGAUGCAGGAGAGCCAGAAGAAGAAGAAGAUAAUGCCGGAGAUGAUGAUUUCUCAGGAGAAGAAGGUGAAGAAGAUGAUGUGGUUGGAGACCCCGAUGAGAAUCCGGAGGUGAACGGUGAUGAAGAUGAUGAGGAUGAUGAUGACGACGAUGAUGAUGAUGAUGACGACGAUGCUGAUAACGGUGAUGAUGAUGACGAGGAGGAAGAAGAAGAGGAGGAAGACGAGGAUGAGGUGAAAGAACCGCCUGCUAAGAAGAGAAAGUAAAAAAAUGUCGGGCUUUCAGCGGCUUUAAUUGGGUGAGUGUGUAGUAGGGAGGGUAAGUGUUUUUAGCUUUCUUAUGUAGGAUUGUUAACCGUCGUUUGUUUAGAAUGAUUAUGAUUUCGUGUUUUCUGUUUAUGGAUGGAUUUGUAUGCGUAUAUAUUUGAUUACUUGGGAUGAAUGAUCCUGGGAUUUGUGUGUUUUAGGUUUUA